AUGGUUGCCAACAGAAACACUAACACCAAUUUAAAAAUCAAACUUCGCAAUUUAUAUCAUAUUUGUGUUAAGUUGAGCAUUGACUACAAGCUAGUCAGUACCAAUGAAAUAACUGCACUGAAUAUCAAUGGCAAGGACAGCCUUUGGAUUGAUAGAGGUUGGCGCACCACAGACACAGACAAGGAUUCGGGCCUUAGUGAAACUAAAUUGCUAUCGAAUGCCAACAGUCAGUCGAAUUAUACAUCUGAUGGUGGCACCGACUAUGCCGAAGUGGACACUCGCAAUAUGAGCACAUUCUACAAUUGCAGAAAGAGUCCCGAAAAUCCGACACCUUAUGCAACGACUAUGAUUAUUGGUGCCUCAUCUACCGAAACGACUUGCAUGAAAACAUCAUCCUCAAGCACUGACCAAGACUCCGGCACUCAUUCACCACAUUCGGAUGGUACAACACCACAAUGCACUGGUGGCGGUAAUGCUGUCAUUGCUGGCUUACCAGGCGGUCCAAACACAAAACACAGCUAUCAUCAAUAUCCACCAGAACAAAUAAAUUGGUCAGAAUUUUUACCUCCACCACCGGAACAUCCACCACCAGUGCCAUCUUCUUGUGGCUAUGCACCUGGCUCACCACAAUCUUCACGUAAAAGUUCAAAAAGUGGCGGUUCUGGUGUUUCAACACAUCAGAGUGCUCUGAAUUCCUCCAUACAUAGCAGUUCAUCUGGAGGUUUCUCAUCUUGGGGUGUAGCACCACAAUGUGCUUCAACUCGACAACAGGAAAACUAUUAUAAUAAUCCACUGCCUUGCGUAGGAGGCGCACAAAAUCGUUAUCAAAUCACACCAACUGGACAGCAUCCACCACCAUUGCCACCCUACUAUCCACAAGCAGUAGCAGGUACUGCACAAUUGCCACAACGGAAUAUACAUAUCCAUUAUCCACCACCUAGACAUGCUAUAAGCGAAUAUCAACCUAGUGGCACACAUAAUUCCCGUUGUUCAAAUGGCAGAGGCUGCAAUAGUUGUGAUGUAUUAACUUCUCCAAUACAACCACUGCCACCACCCGGUGAAGGCUGGUAUCAACCUUUACACAACCAAGUUCCACCAAACUCAUCUGCACAUCAAAUCUAUCAAUGUUCCUCCGAAUGUUCCGAUCACUCCAGGCACUCACACUCGCAUGGACACGGACAUAUGCAUCAUAACGGUCAUCAUGGACAUCAACACCAUCAUGGACACAGCAACAGCAACACACAUGGUAACACCAACGAUACUAUGCGUUCCGAGAGUAGUCAGGAAAAUGGUAAACCUAUCACAAACUGUCGCAGUCAGAAAUCAUCUAAUAAUGGUUAUACCGAUAUCAAUGAAACUGAACGCGAUCAAAUACUUAAGAGCUCUUCCGCAUCCUACACCUACGAGGUACUCGGCGAUCAUCGUAACUGCAGUGAUUGUUGUAGUUCACGUGAAGGUGAUACAUGCUCAUGCAGUGAGGGCUCCUGUUUGUACGCUGAGGCCGGCGAGCCUGGUAUGCCAAUGAGCACCGUUGCUGCGUCUAAUAAAAUGAAUGCCCCAAACAAUUGAUAUGCAACAACUUUUGUGACGGAUGUGGUCAUGCAUUUUUAGUCGAAGAGAUUUUAGAGUGUGAGUAGCAUAAAUAUUUAUUUUUAUUAAUUAGAUUAACCAUAAGUAUUGUGUAUUGUACAUUAAACAUGUAGCAGCUCUUUCAAAAUCAUCGAAU